GUGCUGCUGCCUGUAAAUAAACUUGACAAAGGUAAACAAAUGGGUGGGAUGCUAUGGGAGGUGUAGUUUAAGACAAUACCACAUCUAAUACUACAGUUGACCUUUACUGAGAUGGAUAAAGCAAGCAAGGCAAUCCGCAGGUCAGGGGUUCGACUGAGGUCCAUGUCAAGUGGUCAUGGAAGUCUACAGAUGGUAAUAUCCCAAUUGGGAGAAGUUCGUACUAGCUUCAAGGCAUUUGCUCUGGCCCAAGCCACGGCAUCAGAAGAUCUCCUGAGCUGGUCGGGUGGCAGUCAUGAAAAUCGGGCAAUUGAAGAAACCUUUACUCACCUGGCAGAGUUAUCUUUGCUCUGGUCUGAGGUCCAGAGAGACUUUGCUGAUCAUCUGAAGGAGUACAGGACUCAGUAUGAGCUGAUAUUAGAAGGAGAGAAGCACAUUACACAAGCUAGGGAGAUGCUUUCUGUCAGAGAGCAACGCGAGGGAAAGUUACGUAAAGACUUGAAGAAGGCCUGUAAAAAGGCUCCACCAGAAGAAAUUCACUUGUUGAGGGAGAAAUUAAGCCAGGCAGAAAGGUCACGGGAUCUGGCACACCUGGAGGUGGUGGAACGUGUCGGAGAGAACGAGGCAGUGAAAAUGAUACGUGUUAAGGAAGGGCUUCUGAAGCUUGGUGGGGCUUACUGUGAGCUUGCUCAUAAGUGCAUGAUGAUAUUCAGUGCUCACCAGAACAUAGCGUCCCAGCUCCCAGAUGUACAUGACAGAGACCUGCACGAUAUCAAAUACACAGGUGCAGGAUCAGCUAAAAAGUUUGUACAAGAUGCCAAGGAGCAAGUGCGAUCUUAUCGUCGCAACAGUAUAUCCCAAAAGUUGCCACUGCCUGAAGACCCUCCUCCCCCAUAUACUCCUUCUGUUGAACACCUCGAUGAUCUCUCAUCAAACUCAAAGCAUAAUGGAACUAAUAACUCAUCCCAUAACAUGCCUUUCAAUAUGAACACUUCCUCAUUUAGUGAACCUUCUGCUCCAAAUGCUUCCAUAUCAACAAUAAGCUCUCCAGAUCGCUUGCCUCGUGGUAGAGGACCAACCGUGCCACACAAACACUCGACCCCUAAUGCCCCAACUAUUCCACCUCCACAAAGUCCGCCUAGUCAUAUUUACCCUGAUCUUCCAAGACCUCCACGAUCACAACCAUUCCAUAUUCCUAAUAGCCCCUCUCUGCCCGAGGAGACACAUCCUCCACAUUUACCUUCCCCUCCAAAUUCACCUCACUCUAAUAGUGAACCAAACUUAAAUAAGGAAUCCCACUUAAACCAGGUUGUGAAGUAUCCACCACUCAGUGCAUGUGAUAACUCCAGCUUUAAUGAAAGUACCUUUCACCCCGACACAUCCUCAUCAAGCCCAAAUCUUGCCAGUAAUCGGCAGCCGACCACAUCAACGGUAGACGAGUCUUUGCCAUACAAUCCUUAUUACGAUUGGUUGCCAGCGACAAAUGGUGAGGAGAGAAUGAAUGGGAGAUGCUCACCAGAAAAUCAAAGCAUAUCUCCUGCUACUGGUACUAGUAAACCAGAAACUAAAGGAAAAGUACUCGGUUCUCAUACCGCCGCUCCAUCUGUUCGCCCGAGGGUAAAUAGAAAUCCGUUUUUUGAUGGUUGUUCCGACGAAGAAGGGAAGGGUGAAGAGAGCUUGUCUGGUGCUAUGAGAAAGACAUCGAUCAGGUAAUGAUAUGAAAUGGGGCUUUGUGGUAACUUGUGAUUACCUGGGGACAACACACAUCAUACCCACAGAUUAGAUGGAACUAUUUUUUUUUUUAUCUUUGAAGUACUGCAUAUAGAACUUAAUUGGGGUUUUUAUGCUGUUUCUUGGAGGUCAUGGAUCUCAGUGAGCUAAUCAAAGUUACAUAGAGAAUUUUAAGCCAGUUUGAUUUAUAUUGACAGUGUAUUUAACAGCUUUAUUGUUCUUUGUGAAUGCUAAAUAUUAUUAUUUAUAGAUGAAUAAUUGAACUACUGAAUUAUGUAUAAUGAAUUGAUGCUUCAUCUGAAUACAGGUUAUAUUUUCCCUUUUCUUACUAGCAACAUUUAAAUGAUCGGUAUAGUAUGUGUCAAUGAGUAAUGUGCUUACUCCUUGGAAAUUAUUGUAUUCCUAUCUACAAAUACUCUUCAUCAAGGUCUUAAGGCACAGUAAUCUUUAAGUUACAGCUUGAUAUUUGCUGAAGGCUUGACACAGUCAUUAACCUCGUGAUGCAGUACAAUGUUGAUGUGUACUGUAUGCAAUUAUGAUAUUUUUCCGUCUAUCGUAUACAGUACUGUACUGUAUAAAGAAACAAACACAUCAGUCAUAUUGAGAAGGUUCAUGUGGAACCUAUUAAGCUUAAACAAUAGCAGCUGUUAUUUGGGAAAGCUUUCAUAACACGAAAGAGGUGUUUAUUUAGGAAAUUUGUGUAUCUUAAGCGUUCAUAUAGCGAGGGACCCCUGUAUAUGUCCAGCUUUUGGCUUUAACACAGUCAGUAUGGUGGUUGAGAAGAAAUUGUAUUUAACACCAUUUACUUUUUCAUUAUCACUUAAGUACAAUAUAGUGCACAGUGAUGGUGAAGGUUUUCCCCUCAAUAUUAGCACGUGCUCAAAUUUCCAUGUGAACAUCUUCCAUGAUGGACAUUAAUUAAGAUGAAGAAAUUACUUGAUCAGGUUUUCCUCAUAUCAACCAUUGUGCUCCCUGAUAAGUAACACGUCUAUGCUUCACCCUCACCACAAAGGGUGUCGAGCCUUUGUCCUGGCUUUAGUAACACUCAAAGAUCAUGUCCAUCAGCUUAUACUUAGUAGAUAACCAGAUUGGAUGUGAGGCAUUAUCUAAUUCUGAGCUUAAAAAUGUAUGUUUAAGUGUAUGAUAUUCUCUCAUUAAAACAAGAAGACAGUUACUUAAUUUGGAGGGUUAUCCUGACCACAAACUGGACAAUUAUCAUGUAAUUUGUUGGAAACCUUUAGGUAGUUAUCAUUAAGUUAAUUGUGAUAAAUUUCUCAAACAUAUUUACUUGGUUGUGAAUCUACAAAUUGUUAUUAAUGAUUUUAUGUCAAAUGUGUUAUUCUUUACAGUAGUCCAAGACAAUCUGGACUUUGGUAAAUGUUCAGUUCACCAUAUACAGUACAGUACUUCUUUGUCUUGUAGCAGACUCUCAGUAUUAAAGAAGUUAAUUACUGCAUAGUUACUUGCGAAUUAUUAAAUAGAAAAAAAAUAACUACAACCUUAUCCAGCCCCCUCUUUCAUAUACACUGUAUAGUGCAGCAUCAUUUAAGACGACUCAAAGACUACAGAUUCAAGCAAAACUGUAACACUUAUAAUGUAACUGAUUAUUAAACUAGCUUCAUAUAUAUUAGUGGCCAGUGUGGUAAUGGUUGGCAUGAAUGUUAUAAGUGUUUUAAAAUCUUAGUUCAGUAUCGUACCUCUUCCUAAUACUUAUACAGAGUACAGGUAGUACAGUCACCCACAAAAGUCCUGUCAUCUCUCCCCCUGCACCACGAAUCCUGAGAUUCAGACUCGUGAAUCCUAGUAUUUUGGGAUAGAAUACAGUAAUGCAUCGGUGUCUACUGCUUCAGGUUCACGAGUUUGAAUCUUGGGGUUCAUGGAGCAGUAUGAGAAGUGACAGGACUUUUAUGAUUGGGUGACAGUACAACGAAAUUGGCCAGUUUCUAAUAUUUCUCUCAGUACUUACAUCACCAAAUUUAAGGUGUUCAGUGCUGAAGUAAGAGGAAACUGUGAUUACCAAGAAUUAGUCAUUAGCUGUAAUAGUGCCGAGCAAAGGCCAGAGAAGUGGGAGAAAAGUUAACUAAGUCCAUCAAGAGAGGAGUUCAUAGAGCUGACUAAUACAGCUAAAAAGAUAUAGAAUUAAUAGACUUUGUGGUGAAAAAGGAGUAUAACAUAUUGAGAACAUUUAAUCAAGUUACUGAUAAAAGAUACUGUACUUCUUUAGUGGAGUGUUAGGGAACGUAAUUCAUGUGAUAUUACAAUUACUGUAUGACGCUCCAGAUCUCAUAUUUAUUAAGGAAUCUAUUUACCCCAUGGUUAGCAGUUGGUUGAUAUGCAGAGCCUUUGUGAAGCAGUAAUCACUCACACCCCUCUCACACACUCAAAUCUUCAUAGGCUUCUAAAGUCCCCAGGAAUCCAGAGUUGUUACUGAGAUGCCAAACCGCAAUCAAAUUAAAAAUUUAUUUCUUCAUAAGGUUGUUAAUGUUUGGUUUGAACUCCAUGACUCAGAAUAUGAACUGAACAGAUUUCUUGACUGAGUACAGUUCAGGAAAUUGGUGUAUGGAAGCCAAGACUUAAUUUACUGUACAAGGCGCCAAGAGUUGAGUUGUUCACAAUAUAAUGAUCAGUGUGUGGCAGUUUCUUAAUGUAGAACUUGUUACCAAUUUACUAGUAUGAUUUAAUACUACUGGAGUAUUGUUAUUCAUUAGCAAUAUUAAUAUUUAAUGUCAUCAUUUGGAGGGCACUGUACCAAUGAUUUUUUUUUAUAUAUCAAACAUGGGAUCUUCUAUUAAUUCUUGUAAAAUAUUAUUUUAAUUUCAUGUUAAUUUUUACUUCUCAUUUAUGUUAAACCUUUAACAUUCACCCAGCAGGAAUAGAAUAUAUAGUUACCAUCACCUUGCACUAUAAGUACAGUUCAGUACCUAUAAGUAUCAGUAGAAACCUGUAACACUUAUGAAGUAGCAGUUACCUCAAUCUUUAUUAUGUAUGAACAAUAUGGAGUUACUGUUAAAAUGUAUUAACUGAUCAUAAUACACAGACCACACUGUAGUGGUACUGUGAAGGUAGGAGGGAGAAGGAAUGCCAAGGAGACGACAUGAGAUUAACAUCCAGUAAACAGCAUUGUGUUAGUUACUGAAGAGUUAGUGUAGAAUCAAAUGGUUUAAGAGAAUGUUGGAGUAGUUUCGUGAUUGGAGGAUGCCAAAUGAAGAGUAUAUGCUAUUAAGGUUUCCACUACUAGUUGUCAUAAGUACCCAACAGCCUCAGGAAAGAGAAUAUUGAGUAACUAGGAUGUCUUUUGUGCUUGUAAAUGUAUGCAGUUAAUUACCUUACCACUCUUCUUUUAUUUUAUUUAUUAAUUUACUUAUUGUGAGAUUACAGAUCUGAUUAAAAACUUGGUUGUGAAUCUCUUCCUAUAAUUUGGAGGUAAGGUGAGAGCCGAGGAGGUACUGUAGUUAACAUUCUCUCAAGAAGUCAUAAUGCCGAGGUGCUGGCACAAGCUAUAGUGAUAUACAGUACCGUACAAUACAGUAUUUGGUGAGGAGCAAUAUUUUUGUCACAGCGCAGGUGUCCGAACCUAUUAGGACGAAGUUGUACAUGUCUGUAUCCAGAUUCCCUGUAUAAUAUUAAACAGUCUUAUUGCCUAUUGUGGUCAGCAGAGAUACAAAGGUUGCACUAAACUAAAUUCAAGAAGAUCCUGCUUAAGUGUUCCUGGGGUACAAUACAGUACAUGCACCAAGUUAAAGUUGGCCUAAUUUCCUAAACUUACUGCACUACAUCAGACACCUAUAACCUCUUUUUAUUUUAAUUAUUUAUGUUUGGUAUUUUCAUAAUUUGUGGUACAGGUAACACAAAUUGAGAUAUACUAUACUGAGUAGAGGUUAAGUACAUCACUUUUUUGGUCUUUGUGUGUGUGUGAUGCUUUACACAAAAGGCUGCAUACACAUAACUCCUCAUAAACAUCACCUUAACCUAUACACCUGUUGGCUCUAAAAUUCUCACCUUACUUCUUGAUAUCAUAGUUAUUUGCCUUGUAGAAGAGUACAUAUACAUUUGUGGAUAAGAACAAGUCAGCAGGGAGGGAGUUUAAGUGGAGUCUGCCUCAUAAUUAAACUAUACAAAAAAUAAAUUUGUGGAAAGAAAAUCACACUUGGUCUUCACCUUUAUGUAUGUGCCAAGAAUGCACCACCUCCCUCCCUGACAAAUAUUUUUGGGUCCACAACUGUAAAUGACUUCAUUAUGUUAUACUGUACAUAAAAAUGAAUGUAAACUGUUUCACUAUACUAAGCCUUUCACAGUUCUUGAUUUAUAAAGUACAGUGUAUAUUAUAAUUUGCUCAUGUAUGGUGUAACUUGGUAGCAUUAUAUGAAAUCCACAGAGUUAUUAUACUGCAGAUAGAGAACUAUGAAUUUAUGCUAACAUAUCAAUUUUAUAACUUUCAUAUAAAGACAAAUUUAAAAUUAUUCAAUCCUUGUGACUAGUAUUACGGUUUUCAUUUAAACUUGUGGUGUAAGAUAAUAUUGUGUAUAUAUUAACUCUCAUAAUGCAUUCCUCAACAUUUUCACUGCCAUGGGAUGUUGGUUGUUAUCCCUCAUGACUCUUGUCUAGUGUAAACAACUUCCUUGGUAUCAGUUUAGAGGAACAGGAAGAUUCUCCAUGGUGCUACUUUCCAAUUGAUAAUGACAUUUUUGCUCCCUAGCCUUCUUAGUGUAUUUUAUUUAAGUAGAAAUGUAUUAUAAUACUAAGCAAUAAUUUCUAAACACAUUGACCCUAAUCUCAGCUUCAAAUGGUAAUUGAACAGUAUCCUUAAGUUUGUGAUUAUUUUUAACUUUUGACUUUGUUUAUUUUGGAUGUUAUUUCUUAUGCAGGUACAGUACGGUACAGUAUAAUGUGCCUUCUUGUAGCUGGUGUCAUAUAGCAUAACCAUAGUAUGACUUGAAGGCAGUUUAUUUUAUUGGGCUUACUUAGAAUACAGUUUUACAUAAUUUCUCAACUGGUAAUAUCUGCUACUAGAAUUAAAGUACUGUACCAAGUUUUAAUUAGUUAAACCUUAAUUCUUGUAAUACUUUACCACAAAUCUUAAACUAAAAUCGAUUCAGCUGCCUACAGUCAGUGUUGCUCGAGUGUAUAUUUUAAUUUACACUGUUAGAUUCAUUUACUGGAUAUUUGAACAACCAGAUUUCCAAACCCAAUCAUUAUAGUUAUUUAAUAAAUAAUAGGAAGUUGUUACAAGUUUGUAUGAGUUGUUUUUAUUAAAAAGUGUGUUUUUUAUUAUGCCUACUUGAGCAUGCGAGGUGAAAAAAAAUAGCUAAUAGGUUGUGGAUUUUCCAGUAGUUGUGAUAAUCUGUGAUUGGUGAAAUGGUCACAUUGUUAGUACUGUACAGGUACUUGAUUUAUAAGACACAGGUAAACAUAAAGAGUACCUGUGCCCUGAAUGUUAGUGAUUUGAUUUUCUUGAAUAUUCUUCAGUUUACAGAAGUUGGAAGGAUACUGAAUAAUUUGUACAGAAUUAAUUUACAUGGUACGAUAUAUGGAAGUACUGCAAGUCUUACUGAAAGUUUGGAUGCUGACCUGGAAAAUAGUGUUGAUAUCAGGCCAAGUAUUGUACUGUAUAGCAUACUCAUAUUAUUUCAAGGAAAUACUGUAAAAAAAACUAAAGUUACAGUCCAAACAGUUUCAUUACAUAGUACAGUAAUUACAAUAACUGUAAUGAAACAGUUUGUAUUUCUGCAAGUUCUGAAUUAUAGUACAGUAUAAUGUACUGUAUAAUAUAUAACAAUGGCACAGUUCAGCACAAAGUACUGUAUGGAAUUGUUCAGCUUGAUUGAAUGUUGUUUUAUAUUUCAAGAGUUAGCGAUGAAUGAACCGAGAUAUAUAACCAUGUUAUUUUGGCAUUACUCAAUUGAGAAUAGGAUAUGAAUUGUAAGCUUGACACAGUAAAAACAAUAAUUUCA